GCCACGAAAUUUGACAUUUGUAUUUUGUGGUUAUAAAUGUGUAAUCUGGCAUGUUUAAAAGUUUGCUGCUAGUUUAACAAAAAUUUAAAAUGCAACACGAUGAUGUGGUUUGGAGCAUCAUAAAUAAAAACUUUUGUUCCUAUAAAGUUAAUACAAAAACUCAACGGUUUUGCAGAAAUGAAUAUAAUUUAACAGGUUUAUGUGGAAGACAAGCCUGUCCUUUAGCAAAUAGUAGGUAUGCAACUGUUCGAGAAGAGAAUGGAAUAAUUUAUUUAUACAUGAAGACAGCUGAGAGAGCUGCCUUUCCAUCUAAAACAUGGGAGAAAGUAAAGCUUUCAAGGAAUUUUGAGAAAGCUAUUUAUCAGAUUAAUGAAAAUUUAUUAUAUUGGCCGGGGUUUAUCAAAUCCAAAUGUAAACAGAGAUUCGUCAAAAUUACACAAUAUCUAAUUCGCAUGAGAAAACUGAAAUUACGGCGACAAAAAUUGUUAGUGCCCAUACAACGUAAAAUUGAAAGAAGAGAAAGACGUCGUGAAGAGAAAGCAUUGGUUGCUGCAAGAAUAGAAAAAGAAGUUGAAAAGACACUUUUAGAACGUUUGAAACAGGGAGUUUAUCAAGAUUUCUACAAUAUUCCACAAAUAGCCUUCGAAAGUGCAUUAAAUGAAGAAGAAGUUGAAAAUGAAAGUGAAGAAGAAAUUGAGAAAGAAGUAGAAACUGAAAGAGAAGAUGGACCAGAAUUUAUUAUGGCCAGUUCAGAUGAGGAAGACGAUUUGGAGGCAGAAUUAAUGGCUGAUGAUAGUGAUAGUGGACAAUUGGAAACAGUGGACAAGGAUAGUGAUUUUGAAUCUUCUGGUGAUUCAGAUAUUGAGGAUAUUGCAGUGAAAAAGAUAACAAAAAGAGGAGACAAAAAAUACAAAAAGGAUUCUCAGCCAGGACCAUCAGGAAGAAAAUUAAGACGGCCAAGGGUAGAGAUGGAAUAUGAAAUGGAAAUGGAAACACCUUCUACUUCAAAAUUACGGUUGAGAUGAUAAAAUAUUAGUAAAUAAAUGUUAACGUACAGUUUC